UGGGGACCGAUGAGUUGGGUGAAUGGAUACAUCUUUGUCAACUCACAAAACUAUUAGACCACCUUUCUCCACUUCACUUUACCAAUAAGAUUGUUUGCCUAUGUCCUAUCCCCCGUUUCAGUGCCUGUCCUGUCUAUAUAUCUCCAAUGGUUACUUCCUCCUUAUCCAGCAUCUGAAGCAUCUCAAGAAAAAUUCUUGGAAAAAGGUGUUGCCCUGUUGGGACUGCUGUGUCUCCAGCACAGGCAGAAGCUGCUCCUAAAUCAUUGUCCAAGAACGACAGUUGAUCAGUUCCACAGUCACAGUCCCAUCAUUGCGCUCUUCAUCACUUGCAAGCCUCUUUUCUUUUCUUCAAGAACGGCACUGCUUGGUGUCGAAUGAAUGAGUGGAGGCAGAGCAUGGAGCUGACCCCGGGGGAGAAGGCGGUUCCAGGAAGCUCGCCGGGUCAUCGUCUUCGGGCAUUGUCCAGCCUCGCCUCCGUCGAGUGCUUGUCCAUGCCUCUUGUGCAAGAGGUUGUUCUCUCAGCAGAUAUCGGGUGCGCCGAGUGCCGGAAGAGAAUCGCCGACGUGAUGUCCCGUAUGAACGGAGUAGAGUCGAUGACGGUGAGUGUACGAGAGAAGACGGUGACACUUUCUUGUAAAUAUUCGGAUCCUGCUAAUGUCGCAGCCCCAGAGCAGCAAGUUCCAGCCAUUCAUAAGAAGUCGUUUAGCAAGACUGCCCUUAUCAAGAGGAUUUUUCGAGGCAACUGAUACAGAACAGUAAGGUUCCAAGUGAAAAUACAGAAUUCCCUCCAUAUGCACGUUUUGCUGUCCAGAUUAGACGGUCCGAUCGGGAUAUUCUUCUUUGAAUGUAUAGUUUUCGAUUUCUAUGAACUGAAAGGGGCAAGAUGAGGAGACGCCCUCCUUUAUACUACGGCUUGUACAGACAGCACAGUCAUACUUAAGAUGAAUCUGUUCUCCUUGUUUGUGUAAUGAGAAUAGCAGAAAUUAUAACUUCUUCCUGGUC